AUGUCAUUCUUUGGUGGAGGAAAUAUGCAAGCUAGACAACAAACUAUCAACCCACAAAAUAUUGCUUUAGCUGAACAAGAGUUAGAAAUGGUGACUGAUUUGUUCAAUCGUAUUGCUGAUUCCUGCCACAAAAAAUGUAUUGCCACUGACUAUAAUCAAGCUGACUUGACUCAAGGAGAAGCAGUCUGUGUUGACCGUUGUGUUGCCAAGUUUAUCGAAGUCAAUGCUAAAGUUGGAGAAAAGAUGCAGCAGAUGGGUACACAGCAGCAAUAA